GUUGUUGGCACCACUUUCCGGGUGAAAGGGGCUUAAAUAGCUCAGAUUUUACAUUUGGAUCAGUUUCCUGACCCAGCACAUUUUGUCGUUUUUUUCAAUUACCGCCAACUAACCACUUGAACUACGUUUAUCUCUGACGUCGCAAGGAAAAGCGACAUCUGACAGUGAAACGUCAAAAUAGUUUGGGCCAAGUUCAACAUAACGGCAAUAAAAGAAGAUAAUUUAUGAAUUAGAACCACGUGCUUGAGUGUUGGCUACAUUGUACCAGAAAAUUGACCUACGUUUGGCGUUGCGCAUAGGCACAGGAAACGGGUGUUAGCAUUUUCAGGUUCUCGAACCGAGAUCAAGAGAGAGCAGAGGAGGCCCAGCUUUGCUCACCUUUUUAAGUGAAACUUCUUGACAAGUAACCGCCAUGGAUGAAGAGUACGAUGCUAUUGUCUUGGGCACUGGCCUUAAGGAGUGUAUUUUGAGUGGUAUGCUAUCGGUAUCUGGCAAGAAAGUGCUCCACGUCGACCGCAACAAGUACUAUGGGGGCGAGUCAGCCUCUAUUACCCCCUUGGAGGAGUUAUUCACCCGUUAUGGGGCCCCCGCACCGGAUCAAAGCUACGGCCGUGGCCGGGACUGGAAUGUGGACCUGAUCCCCAAGUUCCUGAUGGCCAAUGGUUCAUUGGUGAAGCUUCUCAUUCAUACUGGGGUUACUAAGUACCUAGAGUUCAAGUGUGUCGAAGGAAGCUAUGUGUACAAGCAGGGCAAGAUCUCCAAAGUACCCGUUGACCAGAAAGAAGCUCUAGCAUCUGACUUAAUGGGCAUGUUUGAGAAGCGCCGCUUCCGCAACUUCCUUGUCUAUGUACAGGAUCUGCAAGAGGAUGACCCGAAAACCUGGAAGGACCUGGACCCUAACGUAUGCACUAUGCAGCAGGUCUAUGACAAGUUUGGUCUGGAUAAGAAUACUCAAGAUUUCACCGGUCAUGCUCUGGCUCUGUACCGUGAUGAUGACUACCUUAAUCAGAAUGCUCUCCAGACAAUUCGUCGGAUAAAGUUGUACAGUGAUUCCCUGGCUCGAUAUGGAAAAUCUCCUUACCUGUAUCCAAUGUAUGGGUUGGGUGAACUACCCCAAGGGUUUGCUCGCCUUUCUGCCAUCUAUGGUGGCACAUACAUGCUAGAUAAGCCAAUCGAUGAGAUUGUGUAUGAAAAUGGAAAAGCUGUUGGUGUUCGCUCAGGAAGUGAAAUAGCAAAAUGCAAACAGGUCUACUGUGAUCCAUCCUAUGUCCCUGAAAAGGUCAAAAAGACUGGCCAGGUUAUCCGUUGCAUUUGUCUUCUGGACCAUACCAUUCCCAAUACCAGAGAUGCUCUCUCAACUCAAAUUAUCAUUCCUCAGAAGCAGGUGAACCGCAAGUCUGAUAUUUAUGUAUCCCUUGUAAGCUACACACAUCAGGUUGCAGCCAAGGGCUGGUUUGUUGGUAUGGUAUCAACAACUGUUGAAACCGAAAACCCUGAAGCUGAGAUCAAACCUGGUCUUGAACUCUUGGGACCCAUCAGACAGAAGUUUGUCACUGUCAGUGACUAUUAUGAGCCUAUUGAUGAAGGCAAAGAGUCUCAGGUGUUUAUUUCAAAGUCAUAUGAUGCCACUACUCACUUUGAAACAACAUGCUUGGAUGUGUUGGACAUCUUCAGACGAGGAACCGGCACCGACUUUGACUUCUCAGCAGUUAAACAAAAUUUGGGUGAUGAGGACCAGUAAAACAUAAGCCAAGUAUUGCCGUGAGACGAUGGGAUGAAAUGUUGUGCAUUUAAUGAGGUUUACCUUGAUAGCUGUCAGUACAACUUCCUGUUAGUUAUUUCAUGUUUGGUCCCUAAUCAUUCUAGUGCCCUCCAAUGCCGAGAAUUUCAAUGUUUGGUAUGAAGAAUUGGCAGUGAACUGAAGUGUCAAUUUCUUAUGGGAAUUACUCCCUGCUCAACUGUGAAAUGCUCUGGAGGGAUGUGGCACAGCUCAGAUGAUGGCAAUCCAUGUAUGGUACUGGAUUGUUCUUCAGUUUGUGCUUUAAAAAAAAAAAUCACUUGCUUUAUUAUAAUUUUAGGUCAAAUUGCACAGCUUGAAUGUGUUUAGAUUGAUUGUUACAAAGACCUUGUGCAAGAAGGUGAAUAUGAAUUAAUAUGAAUGGUUAUCAUUCCUAUCCCAAUUGUUUCCAUUUGUCUAGCUUGCCUAAAUUGUAUGUGUGAUUAUUCGAGUCCUCUUUCAUAGUAUUGUUUCUCGCUCAGUCAUAUAGCAAUGCAAAAAGUGGUAUCCUAGUAAUUUUUAAGUGCAAGAUUUGCUUCCAGAUAAUAAUUGAAAAUUGUUUAUUAUUUUUAUAUAAGGUGCAAUCAAGAAUUCUCUACUUAAUGAAAUUUGUGUGGUGUUUCAGAAUUCUUGUUAAAGCUCAUUUUAUUAUCAUGUAUGUUACGCUUUGAGGCUAUUAGCAUUCCUGAACAAGUGAGGAGUAUGACUGCUUUUCUUCUCUAAAGGUGUGAUGACUCAAAACUUGCUCUCAGGAUUUCACUUUGGACUGGUGUAUAGACUAUAUUUCAAGCAGUCAAUAAUGACAUGGUCAUUUUGAAAAUGGGUUGGACUUCUUUUUAUAAUUCUUGAAAUGUAAUUCAAGAACCUCUCUUCCUCAAAGGCAUCUUUAGCACAAAGGGGAAAAAAAAGCACAUUAAAAGAAAAAACAGAGCAUGAUCACCCUUUCACUUUAAAUUACUCAAUCUUGUCUGCUUUUUAUGUAGUUUAGGAAAUUGUUUGUAAUCAGCUGUAUUUACCAAUUCACUUGGAUGUAUGUGUAUGGUUAACAUUUUUUAGAGCCAUUUCUAAAAUGUGAUUUUAUUUCAGAAUGAUGAGUCAUUGUUUAGUACGAGUACUGGGAUGGGGAAAGGUUGAAAACCCAGAGCAAGGUCAUGGCCUUUGACAUGGUACUUUUGCCAUGUUAGUUUGAAUAGGCCUGACAUAUUUGUUGUAGUUGAAUCAUAACAGGAGAAUAUUAAAUAUUUGUACAAAUGAUUUUGCAUCAUAACAUCCAUGAUGGAUGGUUAUUGGGCUGACAGUUGUGGAAAGAUAUGACUGAAUUAUGGGGAAACUGGAAAAGAAAUUCAAAGCUGACUUCAAUUCUGGCAUACAACUGUACUUCAGCUGUCAGUGAAUGACAAUCAUUACAGUGACCAUAGACACCAUGAAGACAAUAUUUUAAAACAAAUUUGGCUUGUUAACUUGAUUUUUUAAGUUUCUAUAAUACUGAAACAUUUCAUGUUAUAAAAAAAAUCUUUCCCCUCUUUACCUCCUAAUGCUUGGCUGUGUUUCUUUUUCUUAAUUAUUUUUAAAGGAAUAUCUAUCAAGGGUCUAUUGCAUGUAAGCUCUUCAAAUAUGGCUCAUUAAAAUACUUCAGAAACAUACAA